AUCGUCGAUAAUAAUAAUCAUCAUCAUCAUGAUUGUGAUUACAAAGAAAAUCGAUGUAUCUAAUAAGCUCUUAAAAAAUCAAGUACUGAAUUUGUGCUGUGUCCACCAUUACUUUUUUAAUUAUGUUGUAUAAAAUUCUGAAUUCUUAUAUUUUUCAACAGGAGUCAAAUAUCCUAGAAUUAGUAUCUAGUUCUAAAUUGACUAAUGAGAAACUAAAUGAGAUCGCAAGUUCUCAAGAAAAAAUUCAGCGGGAGCUCAGCGAUGUCAAGAACAAAGUGCAGUCUCUGAAUACGAAUUACAGUCAACAAGUUGGAAACAUAAAUAGGAACCGAAGUGAAAUAUCAUUGUUGACUCUCAGAUUAAACAACCUUGAGACUUCCAUGCAGUUAAAUGAUGCUGCAGCAGUCGCAAGAAACUUCUGGUGCGAUAACCUCGGACAAAAGUUACAAUCCCUAGAAGAAGCAAUUAAAGAUCUGAAGCAAAUUAUCAGCAAUCCUGUAUCAUCCACGGAUACCACACCUUCGAAUCCAGAAGCCUCUCCACAAAACUGAAUACCUGAUUUGUGUGUUAAAGAUUCUGUUUUCUUCAGUUUGAAAGAUAAUUCUUUGUUCAUUAAGAAGAAAAGUUUAAGACAACAGGUGCUCAAAUCGAUUUAAUUUAUGUUGAAUAAGAGAAAAAAUUGAAAAUAUUUUUGUAAUUCUGAAAUAAAUUUUUCUAAGUAGGACUGAUCAAAGAACAGUAAGGGACCUCCUUGUCAGUAAUUUAAACUAAGCUUAUAUGUUUAAUUAUGAAUUGUGAUUAAAUUAAUUUGAGCUUGUAUUUGUUUCAAUUUAUGUUAAGUCAUAAAUCUCAAAGUAUUGUUAAGGAAAUACAAAAAAAAAAUGGAUUACUUGUAACAUUUAAGGAGCCUUCAGAAAUGUGUGGGCCCUAAGUCUCAGGCCUAAUGAUAAACCAGGCACUGGUUUCUAAUCCAGAAAAAUUUUCUCCUUAUAUUCCUUACACUGAUUUUUUUAAUUUUUGUUUCAAUGUAUUGUUUGUAGGGUUUCUUUUUACCCAUUUUAUAAUGUAACAUUUAAUAACACACAUAAUUACAAUGUGUAUUUGUAAUGUAUGUUUCGUAUUGUUUAAACUUUUUUUAAUUUUCAAUUGUUAAAUUAUUGUUAUAAUGCUCGAUAUUCAUAAACUGAUAUUUUUCCUGAACAGAUUUAUUAAUAACAAUUUACAAUUAAAUAAGCCCUAUAAGAUAAAAUCUGUGUAUUAUAAAAGGACUUAAUUGAAUAAAGAAAGAUUAUCUAAAAGUGAAA